AGACUUGUAAUAACUUGUUUGCUUCUUCUUCAUAUAUACAAAUUAGCUUUUAUCCGAUCCUCAGCGAAGAAUCGAUUACGAUGGCGAAUGAAAACCCUGAAGUCGUUGUAGCUCCAGUGAGGGAGAAUGGCGGCGCUGACUCCUCCUCCUCCUCCAAAGGGAAAGAGGAACAGUUAGAGUCAGAGUUUUCGAAGAAGCUAGAGAUUACAGAAGAUGCUAACGAUGAGAACGAAGAAGACGUGGCAGAAGAAGAAGAAGAAGAAGAAGGAAGCAAAGGUGAGACUUCAACUAAGAAGAAGAAGAAGAAAAAGAAGAGUAAAAGCAAGAAGAAGCCUCAACAGACUGAUCCACCUACAAUCCCUCUCAUUAAGCUUUUCCCAUCUGGAGAGUUUCCUGAAGGUGAACUCCAACAGUACAAGGACGACAAUCUGUGGAGAUCAACAUCUGAAGAGAAGAGAGAGUUGGAGCGUUUGGAGAUGCCUAUAUACAACUCUGUACGCCAAGCUGCAGAAGUUCAUCGCCAGGUUAGAAAAUAUGUGAGAAGCAUAGUGAAGCCUGGAAUGUUGAUGACUGACAUAUGCGAGACACUUGAGGAUACUGUUCGUAAGCUUAUAUCAGAGAAUGGUCUCAAAGCUGGUAUUGCUUUCCCUACAGGAUGCUCCUUGAAUUGGGUUGCUGCUCAUUGGACACCAAACUCUGGAGACAAGACUGUACUUCAGUACGAUGAUGUCAUGAAACUGGAUUUUGGAACACAUAUUGAUGGACAUAUUGUUGACUGUGCAUUUACAGUUGCGUUCAAUCCUAUGUAUGAUCCUCUCCUAGCAGCCUCCCGUGAAGCUACCUAUACCGGUAUCAAGGAAGCUGGAAUAGAUGUUCGUCUCUGCGACAUUGGUGCUGCUAUUCAGGAGGUCAUGGAGUCUUAUGAGGUUGAAAUCAAUGGAAAAAUCUUCCCAGUUAAAAGUAUCAGGAACCUGAAUGGGCAUAGCAUUGGACCUUACCAGAUACAUGCUGGCAAAUCAGUUCCUAUAGUUAAAGGAGGCGAGCAGACGAAGAUGGAAGAGGGUGAAUUCUAUGCCAUUGAAACAUUUGGAUCAACUGGGAAAGGAUAUGUGAGAGAAGAUUUAGAAUGUAGCCACUACAUGAAGAACUUUGACGCUGGCCAUGUCCCCUUGAGGUUGCCUAGAGCAAAACAGCUUCUCGCCACUAUCAACAACAACUUCUCUACUCUAGCCUUCUGCAGACGUUAUCUGGACCGCAUUGGUGAAACUAAGUACUUAAUGGCGCUAAAGAAUCUGUGCGACGCUGGGAUUGUUCAGCCGUAUCCUCCUCUGUGUGAUGUGAAGGGAAGUUAUGUAUCACAGUAUGAGCACACUAUUUUAUUGCGACCUACUUGCAAAGAAGUUGCUUCCAAGGGAGAUGAUUACUGAUUCAGAGAUACUUUGUUAUUUGCUCUGUUUGUUUGCUCUCAUACACUCUGUUCUUGAGACUGCACACUACUUGUUUCUUUUGAUUCCUUUUAAUACAACAUUCAAUGCCUGUUGAACAUUAAUUAUCUUA